UCGCCGCAUACAUUCCAUCAUUCCGUCCCUACGCCCCGCCCAGUUCGACCCCCCGAUGGCCGACCACCACGACGUCUACCCUGCCUCCUACCGCCAGCAGCAGCAGCAGCAGCAGCAGCAGUCUCCCUACCACCGCGAGCAGCAGUACCACCAGCCCCCGCCCCAGACCCAGGUCUACCCCCCCGCCCUCCUGUCCCCCGCACACCCCUCCGCCUCCCCCCACUCGUCCCCCGACCCCUCCACCCCCCACUCCCCCCCCAAGAACGACCCCACCCCGCAGCAGUCCGUCCCGACAAAGUCAGAGACGAAGCCCCAGGCCACCUUUCUCACAAAACUAUACGCCCUCCUCGAGCGCCAGGAAAACCACCACAUGAUCCGCUGGGAUCCCGCCGGCGAGCACAUCAUCGUCGAGCGGCCAGAGCAGCUCGCCCUCCACGUCCUCCCCAGCAUCUACCGUCAAUCGAGAUUCGCAAGCUUCUCUCGGCAACUCAACAUCUACGGCUUCAUGCGCAAGGUCAAUCUCCGCAACGUCGACCCCGCCAUCGACGACCCCGACGCGUCCACGUGGUCACAUCCCACCUUGAACCGCUCCUCCCCGUCAGAGGUCGUCGCCAACUUCAAGCGUCGCGUCCCCCCUCGCCUCCCAAAGCCCAGAAAACGCGCCGACAUGGAGCAGCACUCCAUCCCCCCGCCUCGAUCUGCCAACGGCAUGGGCGUCCCUCUCACCGUGCCCAACAGUAUGGGCUUGGCCUCCCCCAAGGGCGGUCGCUCGCGCGGUCUCUCCGCCCCCGGCGCGUAUCCCCCGCUCAACCAGGGCAACCCUUGGAGCCCAUACUCCCGCAGCGCCCUCCCUCCUCUCACCGUGCCUUCAGAGCCUCCGAUGUCCUCGCACAACAUCUAUAACCAUUCCCCCCACUCCCUCCACCCGAUCUCCCCGGGCGAGGAUGGCUCGUCCGCCGGCUUCACCGGCAUACCGUACAACUCCACCUCGUCUCAGUACUCGUACAACGCCGAGCCUCCCAACUGGCAGUUCUCCCCCGUCAGCAGCGGCAGCUCCUCUGGCCACUCGGGAAGCCUCUCGUCUCUCCUCAACCCCAGCAGCAGCGGAUAUCCUCCCGUCCGUCCGACCGUCAACACCUCGUACGCCUCGUCUCUGUCGUCCAUGCAGCACAGCGCCUCGUCGAUGUCGCCAGACAGCCGCCCCGCCACGGGCUACUCCGUCUCGUCAAUCUCUUCCAUGCCGUACGACGACAACGCGAACCACGGUUACUCGCACGACUACUCUCGUUCCGGCUCGGGCCACCCACGCCCUCUGACCCCGACGUCCUCCCGUCCGCCCUCGUCCAAGUCGAACUACCCGAACGGCUCACUCAGCAUCCGUCGCCAGAGACGACACAGCCAGGCGGUCAACCCGUAUCCAUCUCCUUACGACAUGGAGGAGCGGCCCUCGAGCUCACCUCAACCCCCCGGCGGCGACGACCACGCGAUGCAUCGGUCGCGCAGCAUGAUCCAGUUGCCCACCGUCGAUCCCUAUAGCAACUUUGCGCCUUCGCAGACGGGCGACUUUGCCUACGCGGCGCCGGCGGGCAGCGUUGGGACUCCGGUAGAGAUGGACGGAGGAUGGAACAGCCGGUCAGUGCGACCCUCGACAUCUGCGAGCUCGUUGUCAGCCGCGUCUCAAACGUCGUCCUCGCAGGCGCACACCCCGCCGGUGACGGACGGCUUUGGAGAGACGGACAUUCACCGCUUCUCGCCCGACUUUGGCUACGUCCAGAUGAACCAACAUCUCACCCAGUACGCGGCGAAGGCCGGAGAAGUGCAGUGAAGGAGGGCCGGGUGGGGCUCGCAGAAACAUCAUAAAAAUCACGCCUUCGGUUCGGUCUCACGCUCUCGCUUGUUUGUCUGAUAGGACGCUUUUCCUUUCGUUGUCGCCCUCUUUACUCUUUAUUCACAUGUACGUAUCUCUCCUCUGUCCGCGGCUGCGCGGUCGCUCGUGUGCCGCGGCAUCGCGCAAGUGUCCCCCUUUGGGUUUCCUCCGUCCCAGCGCUGUCCCUCUUUUCUUUCUCUCCCUCCCAUUUAUGUGUUCCUUUCUUUUUUUUUUUUUCAAUCACUAUUUUGCUCUGUUUUGUUUGUCUCUGUUUCUUUUGGUCAUUGCCCCCGUGUCUAGCGAUCGUCGUCGAGUCUUCUUUUUUUCCCUCGCAGUCUUCUCGAUUCCCCGCCGUGCCUCUCCACAUACAUUUAGAUAUCCCGUGCUGUGUUGCUAUACCUGACCUCGUCGUCGAACCACGUGUAACGUAUCUGUUUAUUUCAUCGGACGCGUUGUCCUUCGUCUCGUC